AGAGAGAAGGAGCUCAUUGAUAGUGAUAGUUGGGGCUCUGAAUGAAGGGGGGGGGCAUUCAGUUUGACGAGGACCAGAGCUGCUGUCGUCUUUGCCCAGUAGGUCACAUCCUUUUACUGUCAAGCAGGGAUACUGGGAGGCCUGCCAGAUGCGGACACACUCACACACUCUCUCACACACUUUGGGGAACUUGUGUUUGUGUGCUGGUGACACAAUGUCAGGAAAUUUAAGACCCUCCGAGCGAGUCCAGCUGGUGGAAGACUCUCAUCAUAGGGAUCAUAUUCCCGUCUGAGCGAGGGGAUCAGCGCCAGCUUUCCUCUAACCUCCGCUUGACCAGGAGCUCACUGAGCAGGACUCAGAGUCUGUACAUGUGCUGAUCAUCCUUGCUUUGUGUAACAGCGAGUGUUACACAGUUCUGUUGGCCUGGAUACAUCAGGAAAUCCCCUUAUGGAACUCUGUAUCUGCGGAGGAUCAGUCCAGAGGAUCAGGGUUUAGUGGUGGUCCAAGGGGACGUGGGGACAGUAUGUUAGUGAUGCUGGUGAUAGAGGCAAUGCAGCUCCACAGUCCCUGCCCCCCUUAGGUAUGACCCAGACCCUGACCCCCUCCUGGAGCUCUCUGGACAGGGGUACGGCCGACUGGUUCGGGGUGAGCAAAGACAGCGACAGCACGCAGCGAUGGAGGAGGAAGAGCCUGCAGCACUGCAGCCAUCUAUACGGCGGUCUGAAGCCGCAGGUGAUGAGGGAGAUGGAGCUCCACAGCCAGGACAACCUUUCCCUGGCCAGCACUGAGACCCCUCCUCCCCUCUACCUCCCUCCCCACCACCCCAGUCACCAUGGCAUGCAGAGGAUCGUAGACCCCCUGGCCCGGGGUCGUGCCUUCCGCAUGGUGGAGGAGGUGGACGGCGUCAGCGUCCCGCAAACGCCCAUCACGCCCGGCACUGCCUCCCUCUGCUCCUUUUCCAGCUCUCGCUCCGCCCUCAACCGGCUGCCACGACGACGCAAACGGGAGUCUGUGGCAGUCAUGAGUCUGAAGGCUGCAGCAGCACUAAUGAAGGGCCGAACGUUAGGCGACAGCACCACCGGGCGAUGUCGCAGACGGAGUUUUAUGCCCCCUAGUUUCUUUGAAGAUGAAACGGUGGACUUCGCUGAUGAUCUGGACACGUCCUUCUUCACCAGAGACGGCCUGCAGGAUGAGCUGUCCAGCUAUGCCGACGAAGUUUUUGAGACGCCAUCGGAGGCCGACCUCAAACAGCUGGAUGAGAGCGAGCUCACAGGAAGUGCGCUGGAUAAGAACGAGCUGGAGAGGAGUCAUCUAAUGCUGCCCUUGGAGAGAGGAUGGCGGAAGGCCAAAGACGGCUCUCUGGUCCAGCCUAAGGUGCGCCUGAAACAGGAAGUGGUGAGCGUCAACCAUCAGCAGCGUGGACAGAGGAUCGCGGUUCCUGUUAAGAAGCUGUUUGCCAGAGAGAAGAGGCCGUACGGGCUCGGCAUGGUUGGCCGUCUCACAAACCGGACGUACCGCAAACGCAUCGACAGCUUUGUCAAAAGGCAGAUUGAGGACAUGGACGAUCACAGACCUUUUUUCACCUACUGGAUCACAUGUGUCCAUCUGCUCAUCACCAUCCUGGCCGUCACCAUCUACGGCAUCGCCCCCGUGGGCUUCUCACAGCAUGAGACUGUCGACUCUGUGUUGAGGAACAAGGGAGUUUAUGAAAACGUGAAGUUUGUGCAGCAACAAAACUUCUGGGUGGGUCCGAGCUCAGAGGCGCUGAUCCACCUGGGAGCCAAGUUUUCCCCGUGCAUGCGUCAAGACGAGGAGAUCCACAAACUGAUCCAGGAGAAGAAAGCCAGGGAGAGAGAGUCGGGCUGCUGCGUCAGGAACGAUCGCUCCGGCUGCCUGCAGACGUUACAGGAGGAGUGUUCGAGCACCCUGGCAGUGUGGGUGAAGUGGCCUCAUCACCCCAGUGCUCCCUCUCUGAAUGGUACACUCCGCCAACAUGGUUCAGUCUGCCAUCAGGACCCCAGGAUCUGUCUGGAGCCGGCCUCAGUUUCACCUCAUGAAUGGCCUGAUGACAUCACCAAGUGGCCAGUUUGUACGAGGUAUACCUCUGGGAAUCACACCAACCUCCCCCACAUCGACUGCACCAUCACGGGCCGGCCCUGCUGCAUUGGAACCAAAGGACGAUGUGAGAUCACUUCCAGAGAGUACUGUGAUUUCAUGCACGGUUACUUCCACGAGGAGGCCACUCUCUGCUCACAGGUGGCGUGCAUGGAUGAUGUGUGCGGAUUGCUGCCUUUCCUCAACCCAGAGAUCCCAGACCAGUUCUCCAGACUCUGGCUGUCUCUCUUUCUUCAUGCUGGGAUCCUGCACUGUCUGGUGUCAGUGUUCUUCCAGAUGACGGUGCUUAGGGACAUCGAGAAGCUCGCCGGAUGGCUGAGGAUCUCCAUCGUCUACAUGCUCAGCGGCAUCACCGGCAACUUGGCCUCAGCCAUCUUCCUGCCCUAUAGAGCGGAGGUGGGUCCUGCAGGCAGCCAGUUCGGCAUCCUGGCCUGUCUGUUUGUGGAGCUGUUUCAGAGCUGGCAGAUCCUCGAGCGACCGUGGAGGGCUUUCGCCAAACUUUCGGCCAUCUCCGUCUUCUUCUUCUCGUUCGGUUUGCUUCCGUGGAUCGACAACUUUGCUCACAUCUGUGGGUUCGUGUCAGGGUUCUUCCUCUCCUUCGCCUUCCUGCCAUACAUCAGCUUUGGGCCGUCCGACAUGUACCGUAAGCGUGUCCAGAUAUGCGUCUUCCUGCUGGUCUUCCUGGGUCUGCUCUCUGCCCUCGCCGUCCUCUUCUACGUCUACCCGGUGAAGUGUGACUGGUGCGAGUACCUCACCUGCAUCCCAAUCACGGACAAGUUCUGCGAGAAGUACGACCUCAACGCACACCUCCUCUGAGGCGAGCGUCAGCUGGACUGUUAGUGGAUGCGCACUGACGCUGGACGGCUCACAGUGUUGUUUGCGGAGCGACUUUUUUCCUGGAAUGAUGAUGAGCAGCGCUUCAGGAUUUCCUGUCGAUGUAUGAAUAAAGGCUGAGCAUGAGAGCCUUCAAAUGUUCAGAUGUUGGGAACAAAACUAUCACUUGAAAGCUGACUGAAAAGGACUAAUUUCUGUGUUAUUGAUCUCUAGCUGGGCUAAUCAAUGAGCAGUCACACUCCUCUCUUCUGCGGUGCCACUCAGCAGCCAAAAGGAACCCUACAAGCACAGGACUUUUGUUUUGUACUGUUUUUUUUACUGAUGUCCAAAUACGUUUGUCCAUUUUCUGGAUGUCCUUAGAGUUAAAACUCGCCAAGAAAUGAGACUUUAAACUGUGCCUUAUUGACACAAAACCACACGAUGUCUUUUUCUUCCAUGUUUGAGCUUGUGUCCGUAGUUUCUGACAUUUUAGGUCCAGGGAUCGGCUGCGAAAAACACCUGAAGUUUUCUUUUUAACACAUUAGGGUUGUUAAUGUCCUUAGCUGAGAGACUUACAUAAGGGUGUUGCACAAAAUCCCUUAAAAGGUUUCCUUAGUUAAAGGAGGAUGUUGAGGUAUUUCCUGCAUUGAUACAAUUCUACAGUGUCAAUGUUUGUUUGCUUGUACUCACACUCAUGAUACCUGUUAUCGAACAAAAAGAAAAGAAGACGAGGAAAACAAAUUUGAUCAGUAAAUAACAGAAAACAACAAAUGUGGAGGUACAUUGCAGUGAAAAUUAGUUCUAUAGUGUAAAGUCAAUUGCUCAUUAUCCAGUACCUUAAAUUUUCUUCCUUACUUUGGUUGCAAAUGUCUUUUGUGUAACAGUUUAACUGAUUUUAGAAGAUUCCGCAAAGAUAAGACAAGAUAAGCAGAAAACCUUAAAUUCUCAACUGAACUUUAUAAGGAGACCUUAAAUAGAAGACUUAAGGGGUUUUGUACAGCCAAUUUUAUUUCAAGGAGACCUUAACUUGGACUUUUCCUGACCUGAGGCACAGAAUCCCUUUAAGGGGAUAAACUCAUAAACUCAGCCAUGUUGUGGUUUAGAUGGAGUCAGAGGUACUUUAAGUGUUUUCCUUUUCUUUAGUUACAAAGAUCCUUUUUGCAAAGGUUUAAGGUAUUCCUUCGAUAUACUUACUCAAACGUUUAAAGUAAACAUUAAGGAGAAGAUCUAAGGGGCUUUGUGUAACCAAUUUUAUUUUAAGGAAACCUUAAGUCAGACUUUAAAGAAAAUCAUUAUUUUACGAUGUUUUGUGCACUCAUGCUUGUGACAUGAAAGAUCCUUUGUGCAAUGGUUUUACAAACUUUAAGGGAUUCCUUAAUAAUAAGACUGCGACAUGGCAAAAACCCCAAAUACCUUCCUUAACAUUUUAAGGAAACCUUAAGGAUAACACUUAAAGGCUUUUUGUGCAACUGAUUUUGUUUUAGGGAACCUUAACUCAGACUUUACGGGAAAUCUUAACUUAAGGUGUUUUGUGCAACCAGCCCUUGUUAAAACUGCAUCACAAUCUGACAUGUAAAAAUCUUUGUACUUCAGUAUUUUGUGGCUGAGAUGCCACGUGUUUUUUUUCCACUCAGCCUUUAAAUGCACCUCAGUCACACAUGUUUUUUUUUUAUAUUUGCUGUGUUUCAUCUGAAAAGAACACACUCGCAUGUUACUCUGCUUUGUUGUGAAUCGCUGUUCCUGAAUGUGUGUUUUUAUUCAAUGUGGUGGCGUUUUAGCUACCUGACAAUAAACCGAAAAAGACACCAA